AUGGCGACCAUGAAAGCAGCCCAGUUUCACCCCGACUCAAUGAAGAUCAGUCUCGAAACAAUACCAAUACCCGAACCCAAGGCCGAUGAAAUCCUUGUGAAGACAAUCUCAGCAGGACUAUGCCACUCAGACCUUAUGGUUCUAGACGGCUCCCUCCCAGUCCAAUCCACCGUACCUGUCACCAUCGGCCACGAAGCCGUCGGCGAGAUCGUCAGCCUCGGCUCUUCCGUGAAGGGCUUCUCCGUGGGCGACACGAUCGGCUUCCUCAACGCCUGGCACGCCUGCUGGGAGUGCGAGGGCUGUUCGCGGCACUAUGCUCAGUGCUCGGGUGGAGAGUUCAAGAUGCAAGGCUGGGCGCUCGACGGCUUCAUGCAGGAGUACUGCAUCGUGGACCACAAAACAGCAUUCGUGCUUCCCAAAGACCUCGACGCAACGAAAGCAGCGCCCUUGACCUGCGCAGGCAUCACAGCAUUCAACGCAGUACGCCGCCCCAAUCUGAAAGAAGGCCAGUGGCUGGGCGUAGUCGGAUGCGGCGGACUCGGGCAACUGGCAGUCCGCUACGCCAAAGCCCACAACCUCCGCGUGAUCGCAAUCGACAUCGACGACACUAUCCUCUCCCAUGCUACCGCCGCCGGCGUCGAACACACCUUCAACAGCCGCACCACCCCCACACCGGACCUCAUCACCACCGUCAAGUCCCUCACCGGCGGCGGCCUGCACGCCGUCGCCGUCUUCACCGCCGUCAAAGCCGGCUACGCCAUCGCUCCCAAACUCCUUCGCUUGGGCGGCCAACUUGUCUGCGUGGGCUGUCCCGGUGAGGAUGUCGAGAUCAAUGCCAUGAGUGUGGCGUUGAGCAUGUACUCGGUGGUGGGCGCGAAUAAUAUGGCGACGCCAAGCCAAUUGAGGGAGUGUGCGGAGUUUACGGCGAAGCAUGGGAUUGAUCCGCCGAUGCAGUUCUUUAAGAUAGAGCAGAUUGAGGAGAUGGUUGAGAUUAUGGAGAAGGGAAAGCUGGGUGGGAAUCGGUUGGUUGUGCAGUAUUGA